ACACGUCCUGCUCCAUUCCAGACACCAGAUGACGCUCUUGUCUUACUGUCCUGCCUUUUUUUACGCUAAAGAAUCCCCCCCACCCCCACCCCUUUCUUCGUCCCCAACAACCAAACAGCUCAAAGUUUACCGGACACGUUUCUCCUAUUCAUCAAUAUCCCCAUUGAGUAUCAAGCCAAUUUAUGACUGGCCAACACAUGCACGUGAUCGCAUACAAAUACCCCAUAUUUGGGCAGUGCGCUCCGGAUCAAGAAUUAAAAAAAAAAGAGAGAAAAGAUACCAAAGCCUACUCCACCUAUAAAUCCUGGAUUCUUUUUUUCUUCUUCUUUAGGACAGACAGCUGUGAAUUUUCCAUUAGAGGAUACAAAGAAAAAGCAAUGAGCAACAAAAAACAGCAAAUACCCGCAAGCCUAGUAGCGCAUGUAGUUUGAAAACAAAGUGUUGGUGGGUAGAAUUAGUUUUGAAAUGAACUCUCAUGUUGAGCGCUCCAGCUUUGGGCAAACAAGGGAGACAACUUCUGCUAACAGCAUGUUUACUUUCGAAGGAUCUGGGCGCACGUCCAGCCGCUUUGAGGGUGUUAACGUGAACGGGAUUUACUCCUGUCCCGUCCCAACGACCUCUGCGCAUCGAGAGGAGAUCAAAACUAGCCUGCGUGGCAGCACGGAUCCUCCGCCCGGACCGCAGAUAAGCAUGCUCUCCAGCGGUUCCCUCUUGGAGGCGAGCGGGCUCGAGUACGGACGAGGUACGGACAAAGACCCGGAGAGAGGCGUAAAACGCGGAGGCAACAGGAGCCAGGAGGGCGACCAAAACGUGGAAAGGGCUCAGACAGUGAAAAGAAACCCAAAUAUGCACCAGCGUCAGGACAGUGAACAGCGGCCGCAGAUUUAUCCCUGGAUGACAAAACUGCACAUGAGCCACGAAUCGGAGGGUAAGCGCUCCAGGACCAGUUACACCCGCUACCAGACUCUGGAGCUGGAGAAAGAGUUUCACUUCAACCGCUACCUGAGCCGCCGAAGGCGCAUAGAGAUCGCCAACAGCCUGUGCCUAAACGAGAGGCAAAUCAAAAUCUGGUUCCAGAACAGAAGGAUGAAGUGGAAGAAGGACUCAAAGAUCAAAGUGAAGGAGUAAAAGAAGAAAAGCAGCACUAUUUUUUUUUUUUUUUUUUUUUGCACCUCCACACUUGCACAGUAGAGUUGGAGUUGCUUGCCUGACCUUCGGAUGAACCGCUAUAAGGAGCAAUGACAUCAUGACACGGUUCUGUGUGCUUCAUCACCAAUUAUGUGUCACUUUCUGCGGUUUGGAACCUAAUGUAUUGAAUAUCGCUCACUAUGAUCAAUCGGUUUACAUUUCUAAAUUAAUUUGCUUGCUAUGCGAUGAUAACCUCACUUUACGGUGAAAAAAAAAUUAGCGAAGGUCGAGUGGGAGAAGGAUCCUUCAAGGCUUUUGGUCCAGAUUGCGCUUUAAAAAAAAAGCUGCACAACGUUAUUAAUUUUGGUUCAUACCAUAGGAUAUUAAAAAAAAAAAAAAAAAAAAGUAGUUACCGAGAGUUCUGGGGGGAUCAUUUCCAGCUUCUUUAGCGUGCCAUUAAAAAUUAAAGGUCAGU